AUGACCCAGUUUCUGACAGGCCAUGGUUCCUUUGGAAGUUUUACUAAGAGGAUAGGUAAAACGCAAUCUGAUGUGUGCAAAUUAUGCGGUGUCAGAGAUGACCCGGAGCAUUUUUAUGGUUUUUGUCAACGGUGGGAAACCAAGAGGAAAGAAAUCAUAGACCGCUUGGGAUACUUACCGGAUGUAGAAGAGCUGAUACCUAAGAUGCUGGAGAGCAAGGAAAUGUGGCAAGUAUUGUUCAAAUUCAUAGCCGAAACAAUGGAAAAUAAAGAGAUCGAAGAUAGAGAAGAGGAGGAAAGAGCUCGUACUGCCUAA